UCCCCCAAUUAGACACAAAAUGUUUUUGAUUUUGAACAAAAUAAAGAUGAAAGCUUAAGUCUUUUGCCCUAACAUUAAUUUUGUUUUUCUUUUCUUUUAUCUCCCGCUCUCACUUUUUUCUCUCUCAAAAACCGACCACUCUCACUACCACUUACUCAACUCAAAGAUUUCACCUUUUUGUUUUGUUUUAAUUUAUCUGUCUGCAACUGAAAUCAGAUUACUUUUUAAUUUUCUUUUUUGGGUUCGCUUUCAUGAUUCUCCAUUUUUAGGGUUUAUGAGCUCUUGAAAGUUCAAGAAUCUGAAUUCAAGAGCAGAAUUGAAGUGGAUUUCCAGUUAUAAUUAGGAGAAUCAGACAGCAUCUUUUCUUGUCCCGGAAGAUUUGUUGCUAUUUGCUACUACAUUUGGAUCUUGUAACCUUUAUAAGGGUGUUAUCGGACAGCUCCCUUUGCAGAUUGAUUCUCAACUUGCCCGACGGACUUAAUAGAGACGGACUGUUGAGUUGUAACUUUGCCGAAGAGGAGUUGGUAUUCUGCUUUUCCUUUUGUCAGAAUCCGACUGAAGCAGCUGAUAUCCAUUUUCAAGAAAUUUGGAGAAAGAAAGAGGAUUGUACUCCUCUUGAAUGAGAAAGGGGGAUCCUGCUUAUGGCACAAUGAGUGGAAGUGGCCGAAGACGCAGUUCUAAGUGGGAUUUGCAAGAAGAAUCUCGUAGUCCGCCUGAUAGUGUGCAUGAAAAGGGACGGUCUGGAAAAGCAGGUCUACCUUUCCGUGACAAAGAUUUGCAACGUGACUGGAUCUCUCCCGAAGGAGCUGGCGGCAAUCGUGCCAAAUGGUCUGACCUGGAACCUUUACCUGGAAGAAGAGGCUCUCAUAGGGAUGAUUACAUUAAUGAAGACCACAGAAGAAGUUCAAAAGCAAUGACCUCGUGGGAGGAAGAAGAAAGUUAUGGGACAAGAAUGUCUCCUGGUCUUGAUGAUUGGAGACAGCAGACACAUCACAACUCUCCUAGAAAUGAAUGGAAAAGAUCUAGAAGAAGCAGAAGCCCGAGCCAAAGUCGGAGCAGGAGUAGAAGUCCAGACCGUGGGUUUGGGCGAGAACCAGGACUUUAUGAAAGAAGCAGAAGCAGAUCAGGUGUACCAUCUCAAAUAUGUAAAGAUUUUGCUUCUGGGAGAUGUAGGAGGGGUAAUCACUGUCAAUUUCUUCACCAAGGUACACAGGCUUAUGAGGAUGAAUGGGAAAGACAUAGAAAACCUGCAACUUCAAAAUAUCCCGCCGCCCAUGAUUCUAGAGAGUACCCAGCCGGGAGUGGAAGGCCUACUGAUUGUUGCAGUGACUUUCUUAAAGGAAGCUGUAGGAGAGGUGCAUCUUGCAGGUUUCCCCAUGACAGUGCCUCCCAUACGCCAACCGGUAGGGGGUCUUCCAUUGAGUUAACUAGAGAAAGAAAUAAUGACAGAAGGCAUAGAGAUGCAUCUCCAGAGAGACAUGGUGACCGUGAAAUUCGCCGACCAGCUGAGAUUCCCUGCAGAUUUUUUGCUGCAGGUAAUUGUAGGAAUGGAAAAUUUUGCAGGUUUUCUCAUCAGGCUCAGUCUCAAGCUCAUGCAAGUCCUGAGAGAUUUCGGGAUAGUAGAUUUCCACAUAAUGAUGAGAUGGGAAAAGAGUGGAAUGCUCCAAAAUGGAAUGCUACAAGUACUUCAGAUGCUGGGAAGUUGGAUAAUGAUAAAAUUGGAACUAUGGGUGCUCCUGAUCAAAGGGGCACGUCAUGGUCUGCUGAUGAUAGAUGGGAUCGUUUGGUGGAAAAUAAGACACUUGGUGAAUCAUUAAUUGAUCAUAAAAUGGCUGUGUCUGAGAAAAAGGAGACUUCACGGUGCAAGACGGAGAAUGCCACUGAUAGCAUGCUUGGUUCACAGCAAAGAGCUGAUGAGAAUUUGCUCGUUGAUAUGGACAUGUCCCCUGAUUGGAAUUACAAAGUCCGACCUGCCAACCAUAUUGAUAAAAAAGAGAGUGCUUCUUUAAUCAGUUCUGAUCCCGAUUUAAUUCGAGAAGCUUCAGGUCAGGUGCAUAAUAAUAGUGCAGUUAUACCAUCACUGAUAAAUGAAAUAUUUGCCAAACCACCCGACUACAGUUUAAGAGAUUUCAAUACCGUUGCUCCACGACAUGAUGACAAGAGUCCAACUGGGAAAACUGUCAAUUCUAAUGGUGGUAUCUUUUCCAAUACCAUGUCAGCACCUAGCUUCAAUCAGAGCAGCUUGAAUUUAAGUGUUUUACCUCAUUCAGGUGUAAAUAUGGGUGGACACACUCAAGUAUCAAUCCUGACAUCAGGAGAAAGAGGUAUUAUAAAUCCUCAAUGUCAAACACUGCUUCCGGAAGGAAAGACGAUCAAUAAGCUGGAUGUUGGGGAAGCAAAUGCAUUCCAAGUGAAUUCUGGAGUUCCGAUUUCGCAGACCAUGGUAAGCAAUGAGCAACUCACACAGCUUACAAACAUCUCAGCCUCUUUAGCUCAGUUACUUGCAACCGGACAGCAGCUUCCACAACUUUACGCUGCUCAUACUUCUCAUCCCCAUAAUGGUACAGAAAUGCCAUCAUUUGCAAACUCUGAGGGUCUGGUGAAAUCAGAUUCUGUAUUUGACAUGCAACCAAAUGAAACUGUGGGGAAGCAGAAGCAGUAUGAUCCUAUAUGUGACAGCGUUGAACUUGAGAAGCAUGGUGUCAACAAUAACAAUCCCACAGGUCUGUUGCCUAACCUCACUGUAGAGAACAAUGUUGCAGAUGGGAAGUUGAAAAUUUCAUCUAAAAGCUUAUCGCCUCCAUUUGUUGCGGCUGCGCCAAACCACAAUUUAUUAUGCAGUUUGAAGGAACCUAGCGAGACUGCUAACAAAUUAAAUGAGGUGGAAUCAGGUGCAAUAUCCAAAGAAACCAAGGAAAACAAUAGAGUGGUGACUGAGGAGAGCGGGAAAGUAGAGGACAGGACUGGACAAGAGAAUGAUAAUCCAGAGAACACUGAUGGAGAUGAAAAAAAUGAUGAGGGCAAAAAAGGCAAAGAUGCUAAGGGGAUUCGAACGUUUAAAUUUGCACUUGUGGAGUUUGUGAAGGAUCUUUUGAAACCCGCAUGGAAGGAAGGUCAAAUGGGCAAGGAUGUAUACAAAAACAUAGUGAAGAAAGUAGUAGACAAAGUUACGAGCACAAUGCAGGGAGCUAGUAUUCCUCAAACGCAAGAGAAAAUUCAGCAGUAUCUUUCAUUUUCAAAGCCAAAGCUGACCAAACUUGUACAGGCUUAUGUGGAGAAACUUCAGAAGGAUAAAUGAAACAAGGAACCUCUAGUCUUUCGUAAUAUUUCCAUGUUAAAUAGUAAAGCUCAUACUAUUUCUUGUGAAUUUAUUAUGAUGAUGCAUCACCUAGACUCUAGAGCAACAGUUUUUCUUGUUCGUGUUUGAGUUAGAAUCAAGAUUUGGUAACCUUUCGACUCCAACCUGUAGAUUAACCUUAGCUUUUUGUUUGAAAGUUUAUGUACCGAAACUUCUUUAUUUUUUUUUGAUAUUUUACUGCUGUGCACUAUUUUUACUCUUC